AUGGAGUGGUGGCUCGGUCUGUGGAAAAUCGUGGUGGCCGUGAUCAGUCUGGUGCUAGACGUCGCCCAAUUCUGGAGAGACAAGCUGCUCUCUUGGUGGGCCUCCAAGUCUCCCCGCGCCCGGCUCGCCCACGUCCUCGCGACCGCCCAGACGUACGAGGAAUGGGAAGAGGCAGCCUUUGAGCUCGACGAGCUUCUCAGCAAGGACUUAUGGCGCCAGAACCCCGUCAGCCGACACUACGACUACCGCCUCAUCCUCGGCCGGCUCGAGGCAAUGAUGAACGCCCGCGAGGAAGAAGACAUCCUGACGCUUGUUAACCUGCUCCGCUCGGGUCUCGUGCGCAACCUGGGCAACAUCACCUCCGCCAAACUCUUCACCCACGCCUAUGCCGGCACCAAGCUGCUGAUCGACGACUACAUCACCCAGGUCGCGCUGUCGAUCCAGUAUGUCGCCGCGCUGCAGCCCAUCCCCGCGCACGCGUCGUCCGGGUUCACCUCGCAGGCGAAGCUGGAGCUGCUCCAUGAUACCCGCCAGGCCUUUGGGCGCACGACCUUGCUCCUGCAGGGCGGGUCGGCGUUCGCGCUGUGUCACCUCGGUGUUGUCAGGGCAUUGCAUCUGCAGGGGCUCUUGCCGAGGAUUAUUACGGGGACUGCUACGGGGGCGAUGAUCGCGGCGCUGGUGGGCAUUCAUCCUGAAGAUGAAUUGUUGGCGCUUCUCGAUGGUGACAGCCUUGAUCUGUCGGCAUUUCAUUGUCGGCGGAAAUCCAAGCCGGAUGGGACGGCAGAAACAGAUGGGUGGUUUCGUGCGUUUCUGCGUGGGGUGAAGCAUUUCAUUCAGAACGGUCAUCUGUUUAAUGAUGAUGCGCUGGAAGACUGUGUCCGGGCGCAUGUGGGAGACCUGACUUUCGAAGAAGCGUAUGCCCGGUCGAAACGCAUUCUCAAUAUCACGGUUGCCACGACAGGGAAGACCGGCUCGCCGAAUCUGCUCAACUACUUGACUGCGCCGAAUGUGUUGAUCUGGUCCGCAGCUGUCGCCUCCAACGCAUCCUCCUCAACCACCAACUCCCCCGCGCAACCUUCCAACCCUGGCGGCACGUUCACUACAACGACAGCGAAUCCCCCCCUCUCCCGCAUAGCCGAGCUCUUCAACGUAAACCACUUCAUCGUCUCGCAAGCCCGGCCCUACCUAAUCCCCUUUGUGCGCUCCGAACUCACUCCCUACGACCGCGACCAGACAGGCAUAACACACCUCACCCGCUCAUGCACGCGGCUGAUCCUGUCCGAACUGCGCCAUCGACUGCGCCAACUCGAUUACCUAGCCCUCCUCCCCACCUCGAUCAGUCGACUCCUCAUGGACGAGACAAUCCCUGUUCCGAACCUGACUCUCGUACCGGAUCUGUCGUGUCGCGAUCUGAUAUCCCUCUUCAAGGAUCCGACAAGCCAGCGGAUAGCGGAGUGGACAAGGAAAGGCGAGCGCGGCGUUUGGCCGGCUGUUAGUGCGCUGAAGGUGCGUGAGGCGGUGGAAAUUGAGCUCGAUCGUGGCUAUCAGCUUGUAAGGCGUCGUAGACCUAGUGAUCUGUCUGUACCGCCUGCGUGGGCGUCGGCGCCACGUCUUAAUCAGAAUGAGGAUAUUCCUCGACAGCGGCUGGGAUAUGGGCAAAAUGAUAGUGAGGCGAAUGGAGUGUCUGGUGCAGAGUGA